UUCAAAACGGGCACACUUCCCUUCCACGCGAAACCAAACACAAAAAACGUGUGUUUUGGUCAACUGCGUGUUUUCUUUUAAAUAAAUCUGUUUAAAGCAGAUUUCACUUGACAAAAAGUGCAUUUUUAUAGACCGGCAGCAUGAGGCGACCGAAGAAGUACGAAUCCGGCGAGGCCACGCAGUAUAUCAGUCGUCGGGCUGCGCUGAGGAAGCUGCAGUUGUCCCUCAACGAUUUCCGCCGCCUGUGCAUCCUGAAGGGCGUUUAUCCCAGGGAACCCAAACAUAGGCGUAGGGCCCAAAAGGGAUCCUCGGAGAUCAAGGUGCUGUACCACACCAAGGAUAUUCGUUUCCUGCUCCACGAGUCGAUUGUCUGGACGCUGCGUGACUACAAGAUCUUCGCCAAGAAGAGCAAUCGGGAUCGCGCCAUCAAGGAUUUCCGCAAUUUGAAGCGCCGCCUGGCCCUGUUCCCCGAAAUCAAACUCGAUCACAUUGUCAAGGAGCGCUAUCCCACUUUUAUUGAUGCCCUGAAGGAUCUGGAUGAUUGUCUUACGCUGCUCUUCCUGUUCAGCACCUUCCCCUCGCUGCAUUUGAUUCCCCGAGAGCAGUCGAACCUCUGCCGCCGGCUGACCAUCGAGUUCCUGCACUAUGUGAUCGCCUCCAAGUCGCUGCGCAAGGUUUUCAUCUCGAUCAAGGGCUACUACUUCCAGGCGGAGAUCAAGGGCCAGAAGGUCACCUGGAUUGUGCCGCACUACUAUCCCUUCAAGCCGCAAUCGCGCCAGGAGGUCGACUUCAAGGUGAUGUCCAUUUUCGUCGAGUUCUACACCAUUAUGCUGGGCUUCACCAACUUCCGGCUGUUCCAUAGCCUCAAUCUGGCUUAUCCCCCACAAUUCCCGAGCAGCGUGCUUCAGGAUAGCGAGGAUUCGCUCAAGGACGAGGCCAGCUUCGUGUCCGAUCGCAUCGCUGCGCUGAACUUCGAGCUGCUGCGCACCGAUAAGGUGCAGGAGGACGAGGAGGAGCUGGACAUCGACAUGGAGCUGCUGGAGCAGGACGGCGACUCGAAGCGCAUCAUCAAGAUGAAGCAGGAGGCCCAGGAAGUGGCCCGUCUGCGCACCCUUUUCAAGGGCCUUAAGUUCUUCAUCAACCGCGAGGUUCCACGCGAGCCCCUCGUCAUCCUCAUCCGCUCCUUCGGCGGCAAGGUGUCCUGGGACUCGUCCAUCUUCGCCGGCUCUGCCUACGACGAAAGCGACGAGACCAUCACCCAUCAGAUCGUCGACAGGCCCAGCCUGGCCACGCAGUACAUCUCGCGGGAUUAUGUUCAGCCGCAGUGGCUCUUCGACUGCGUCAAUCAGCGCCAGCUGCUGCCCACCAACAAGUACUUCUUGGGUGAGAAGCUGCCGCCACACCUUUCGCCAUUCGUGGACUCCAAGAGGGAUAGCUACAUACCGCCCGAGGAGAAGGCCCUGCUGGAUCCCUCUUUGAUUGAAACACACGCCCAAAGCGAUGACGAGUCCGAGGAUGAAACCGAGAAGGAGGAGACCGUGGACCAGGAGCUGCUCGACGCGCAGCUGCAGCUGGCCUACCAACAAGAGACAUCCGAGUACAAGAAGUACGGCGGUGCCGAUGGCGUCAACGAAGACGAGGAGGAUCCAGAGGAGGACGACGAGGAGGAUCCAGAGGAGGACGACGAGGAAGACGACGACGACGAGGAGGAAGAGGUCGAUGAGAAAACCAAGCGUCUGCAGCUGGAGAAGCAAAAGAUGGCCGUGCAGUCGGGCAAGGUGCACAAGGUCAACAAGCGGCAGGUGCACAAGGCCGAGGUCGACGAGCAUCGCCUGCAGGCGCGCAUGGUGAAGCCCCGCCACCGCAACCUCUUCCGCAAACUGAUCCGCGAGAAGCAGACCAAGGAGAAGGAGGAGUGGCUGCUGCGCAAGAAGCGACGAACCAUCGAGGCCGACGAGAAGGAGGCCCGCAAAGCGGCCAAGCGGGAGGCGCGCAAGGAGGCGGCGGCCGCCGCUGCCAAGGCUUCCAAGCUGGCCAAGUGAGCGGG